GUCAGUUAUUGUUGUGAGUACGGUCAGGACGGUCUACGACUUAUCACUUGUUAUCAGUGGGACCAACCGGCUUAUCAUUGAGGAAGAUGUAUCUUCUUCUGCUGCUGCUCUGUCCCGCAGUGCUGGCGGGUCGCAUGGAAACACUAUAUGCCUGGACUCACGUCGAUUUUACGUUCCCGACCGAGGCACUUCGAGAUGCCUACAUUGCCAAUGGGGAUUUCAUCCCUAAAAAUAACCUAAUUAUUGACGUAGACGUGUGGUCAGGCUACAACGGUGAGGGCCGCAAAUUGUUCGUGACGCUCCCCAAAACCAAACCUGGCACUCCAGUGACUCUAGCCACGGUGUCUGACCUGAAGCGUAACGGCGUGACCCUCCUGCAGCCCUUCCCUGACUGGUCGUGGCACCGGGGCGACUGUGACGGCAUCACCAGCGUGUUCAGGACCCACGUAGACAGAUGUGGAAGACUUUGGGUAAUAGACUCAGGUGUUGUGGAUGUUUUCAAUACAUUCCAGAGGAAAUGUCAGCCUCAAGUAUUAGUGUUUGACCUUCACACAGAUUCCCUUAUCAAGCGCUACACAAUACCAGAUUCUAACUUGGACCAAGACUCUCUACUGAUCAACAUAGCUGUAGACACAAGGACUGCAGAUUGUAGUGAUGCCCAUGCAUAUCUGUCAGAUGUUACUUCUUUCAAACUCAUUGUGUACGACUUAGAGAAUGAUAGAUCAUGGAGAGUUUCAAGCAACUACUUCUACCCAUAUCCUUUGCACGGGGAUUUCCACGUAGGAGGCAAAUACUUCAACCUCAUGGAUGGACUUUUUGGUUUAGCAUUAGGUCCUAUCCGCACAAACGGAGACCGCACUCUAUACUUCCAUAGCCUAGCCAGUGUACGGGAGUCCUGGGUAUCCACUUCUGUUAUCCGCAAUCAUUCUCUGUUUUCCGAGGACCCUGGAGCAUCUCCGCGGAGCUUCCAUGUAUUUGAUACUACAAGAAGUUCACAGUCGGCUGCCGAGGACAUGACGGAUGGUGGAGUCCUUAUCUACAGUUUGGUGGGGGACAAUGCUAUUGGCUGCUGGAACUCUCACCUGCCUUACAGGAAGCAGAACUUGGAUGUUAUUGCAAAGGAUGACAUCGCACUUCAGUUUCAAAGUGGACUUAAAGUCUACGGAAACCUAGUUUGGUCCUUGAGUUCACGGUUUCAAAACUUUUAUCUGGACGAAGUCCCCGAGGACGAGAUCAAUUACAGAAUCAACGUAGGAAGGCUGACAGACCUUUUGAGGCAUACCAGAUGUGACCAUCGCAGUUCUAGCGGUUCCUCAUCCAGUCUCCAGUUGAGCUUCAAGAGUCCAUGAUGGUCGGAGUGGGGGGCUCGUCUAGUCCCCCGCACCCCUGCUCACAGGCCUAUCACCCCUACCCCCUCACAGCUCACAAGCCCCGUGCCUGUCAAGUACCGCACCUUCGUCGUCACUGAUCACUACCUCAUGUCUAACAUGGUGGAGAUGGGAGACGACUACAGCAACCAAUACAGCUAUGUCAAAGUCAACCAUUAAACCUUCCAAUGGAGGCAAAAGUAUGAUUAAAGAUAGAACUAGACAUUCUAUUCCCGUGUUAAAGUUGUAACUAGUUUACGAAUAUAAAUUAAGUAUUUGAAUUUAGCCACCAAGAGUGUGCUUAUAAAAUUACUAAUUCCUGUUAAAAGCCACCAUUUAUUAAGAAAAUCUAUAAUAUUUAUAAACUUAUAUUUCAUAUUGUAAAAUUAAUACAUUUAAUUAGUAGAUACGCCUAUGCUAUCAGGUAUUAGGCCUAUCUAAAACUGUAAAAAAGAAAUUGCAAUCCAUGGAUUUUUUGUUAAAAGAUACAACUAGUUAUUAUUAAGAGAAAAUUUGUAAAUUGUAAUCACUAACUAUAAGAAAAGUGUACUAGAUUCAAGAUGUAGUUGUAGCUUUUCAGUUACAAAAUACAACAAUCAAAAGUAGAACUUAGCCAAGUUAGAGUUAGGUUAGCUGGUUAGGCAUAAAUGUGUCAAUUGUAUGCAGUAUCAACCACUCCCUAUGUGGUGCGUGAAAAUUCAAAGUUAUGUUAUCGUAGAACAAACAAACCACAUGUCGUGUUCGUUAAUACUUUCAUGAAAGUUUGAAAGCAUAAGUAUGUUUUAUACGAAUCCAUCAUGAAAAUAUUUAAUGUAGGAACACAUAAUAAAUUGAAUAUCUAAGUUACAAAAUGAGGUAUUUUUGGAAAGUUACAAAUUUCGGUCAUGGUUUAGUUUAGUUGUGCAAUAUUAUACGACUUUUUUAAUAAACAUAACAAAUGUGAAAGACAAUUUAGACUUUUUCCGCCUAUUAUGUAAUAGUCAUUAUCAUGAUAUGACUAUACUUUUUAUUGUUAAGUCGCAUAAUAUUGCAAAACCAAACUAAACCAAGACCUAAAUUUUUGACUUUCCAAAAAUCCCUCAUUUUGUAUCAUUGAUAUUUAAUUACUGUACGUCUACAACGUUGAAAUGGUGAAAAACCUGCAAUAAUACAGCUAUCCAUCCUGAAUACCAAUUACUGCAUCAACUAAAAACACUUCUGUAUAAUCUUACAUUAAAUUACCAACGUAGAUUGUGUUUUAUGUAGACAACAGUUAAAGUUUGAUACCUGACAUUUAAAAGUCACCUAAUUAAUUCUUAAACAUUUUUUAUGUAGGCCUAUAAACUAACACGUGUCAUAAUAUUGUGCUGCUGACAGUACUUUUAGUCAUUUAGGCUAGUAUUAUAAAAAUGCUUUUUUAGAGUGUUGAUGACGUUUGACUUUGUAAAUAUAGUUUAUCAGCCAACCAAAAGGUACUUAAACUUAUAAUUAAUACAUAUAUUAAAAACUUAUAUUAGGGUUAGGCUACUUAGAGAACAUUAACAUCAAAAAACUCUGCUACCAGUAUUAAAAUGUGAAUUCACCGUUUAUGUUUUAUUAGUUCUAGAUGAAUAUUAUUGUUUACCAUUGAUUUGGAGAUAAUUGAUUUUCAAAGGUAAAUUAGAUGAGAAAAAUGUUAUUUUUAACUGAUUUGCACUUUCACCUGUUAAUGCCUGAGGAGUGCCAUUGUAUUUAAGAUCAUGUAUAUGUAGAUGUACAAUAAAACUUUAUCUAUAGAUA